CGGCUGGAAACGCCCGGUAGGACCGCGAGCCCCGGGCCGGGAGCGGGACCCCGACUGUGGCCUCGGGGAGCCCUCCUGGCACAGCCGGUCAGGAGGUGCCGGCUCCUGGAGCAUCCCCGCGGCCUCGAGGGUGCAGUUCCGGGAACCGGCCCUGAGGCACAGCCCCCCGGGUAUCCCCCACCGGGCACCCCAUCCCCGAGAGCCCCCAUCCCAGGGUGCCCCAUCCUAAUCCCCUGGGUCACCUCACCCCUAGUGUACCCCCCCUCUGGAGUACUUUACCCCCAGACACCUCAUCCCCUGGGGUGCCCCAUUACCAGGCACGCCAUCCCAUCCCAUCCCAUCCCAUCCCAUCCCAUCCCAUCCCAUCCCUAUUGCCCGACCCCAGAGCACCCCAUUCCCUGGGACACCACCCCCAGGGCACCCCACCACCCGGUCCCCCUGUCCCCAGUGCCCCCAGCCCCUGGCUCGGGCAGCAGCCAGGGCUCCGACGUCCCUGGCACCUGGUGAAGUCCCUCCAUCCCGGGGCUUGGCAGGAUGGAAGCCAAGGACAGCCCCAUCCCCAUCCCUGCACUGGCCACGGAGCGGCGGCUCGCCCAGCGCCUCAGGGAGCGUUUGGAAGAGGAGCAGCUGCUGGACGGGCGCUACCAGCUGCAGCAGCUGCCAGGGGGCCGCGUAGCCCUGCCUGUGCUGGAGGAGAAGCUGCCCCAGCUGUGCCUGCCCCUGGAGAUGCCCCAUGAGCUAGUCUGGAUCCAGGACCCUGUCCCCUCCAGGGCAUCCCGGCGGCGGGCGCCUGCCCAGAAGCUGCGGGAUGAGCUGCGGCGGCUGCUGGGCGGGAGCUGGUCGGAGGAGCUGGAGCGGGAUGUGCCCCACGCCUGGCAGCGGCACGGGGACCUGGUGCUGCUGAGCGAGGACAGCUUCAAGGCUGCGCUGUGGGAGAGCCUGGGUCCAGCGCUCUGGGAGACGGUGGCCUCGGUUUUGGGUGCCCGGCGGGUAGCCAGGCGUGGACGGGUGUUGCCAGACGGGAUGCGGACCCCCAGUGUGACCCUGCUGCUAGGCCAGGAUGGCUGGGUGGAACAUGUGGACAAUGGGAUCAGGUACACCUUCGACGUGACCAAGUGCAUGUUCUCACCGGGAAACAUCACAGAGAAGCUGCGGGUGGCCUCGCUGCCCUGCUCCGGGGAGGUCCUGGUGGAUCUCUAUGCAGGCAUCGGCUAUUUCACGCUGCCAUUCCUGGUUCACGCGGGAGCUGCCUUUGUCCAUGCCUGCGAGUGGAAUGUCCAUGCUGUGGAGGCGCUGCGCCGGGCCCUGGCACUGAACGGGGUGCAGGAUCGGUGCCGCAUCCACCAUGGGGACAGCCGGCAGCUGGAGCUGCGGGACACGGCGGACCGGGUGAACCUGGGGCUGAUCCCCAGCUCGGAGGAAGGCUGGCCGGUGGCCUGCCGUGUCCUCAAGCAGGACACGGGUGGGGUUCUCCACAUCCACCACAACGUAGAGACCCCCCCUGCGCCGCCCCCGGUCCUGCCAGCUGAGUGGGGAUCUCCAGAGGCACAGCACCCAAUAGAGGACACUGGGAAGGAGACAGUGGGGGCCAGGAUCAGACCUGAGUGGCAGAAGUGGGCUGAAGCCACAGCAGUGCGGAUCCAGAGACUGCUGGUGGAGCUGCACGGGCAGCCAUGGCACACCAGAGUCCUGCACAUCGAGGCAGUGAAGUCCUACGCACCCCACGUGCAUCACCUCGUGCUGGACCUCGAGUGCCGGCCAGCACUGCCCACGUAGCUGUGAGUGGGCCCUGGCAGGGCUCCAGCUCCCAUGGAACUGUGGUAUCACAGCACCGGGAGCAGUGUCCUGCCACCAGCCUGGAUGUGCCUUAUGUCCCUUGCCCAGCAGUGCCUCCCUGGGCCCAGAGCACCCAGGGAUGUGCUCCCUUGGGAGAUCCCUCCAGGAUCCAGGUCGAGGAUGCAGUGAGAUGGGACGGAGAACUACCUGUGUCCUGCCCUGCCUUUGCCAGUAGCUGCCCAGAUCUUGGACAUGUGGCACUUCCAGCCCUGUUUCCACACAGGAGAGAACCACAGGGCUGAGAAACCUCGGGUUCCUGCUGGGUUCAUUUCAACAGGUCGGGGACAGGCUUUGUGCUUGUACGUACAAACGUGCCUUUUUAUUGUACUGGAAACAGGGCUGUUUAUCUUCGUUUCUUAUAUUUUUACAGAAAUAAGGAUGUUUCUCAUUUC